AUAUACUCAGUACAGUAAUAAGAGAACUCCAGGAAUGCAGUUGGGAUAAAUCAUUCCUCUAGCGUUUCCUAGGCCCGAAAUUCUUUGCCAGAACUGUGUUUUAAUGGAACCUUCCAAUGAACUACGAGAAAAGGACACACUAAUUUUUGGAAAGCACGAACAAAAAAGAAAUGCAACCCAAACGAAGUAAGAGCAUAAAUGCCUCAGAGUCUUUCAGUUAAGGUGGUUUCAAAGUAUACAUGGAUGGCAGGUUUGCAAUUUUGAAAAUCAAUUGUCAUCUGGAGGGCCCCCCUCUAGUGUUUCCUUGAGGAGGCUUCACGCCCUCAAGAAGUCCCAGAGGAAGGUCAGUGAGAUCAGGCCAUUUCCUUGUUCUCUCGUAGGGUUCUCCCUGGACCCUCGGGGCCUGCAGAGCGUAAGCUCUUGCUGUGGGCCUUGGGCGCUCUCCCUGGGGCAUCGCCCUCCAGUCGCUCCGCGCGCUCCUGGAAAACCGUUCAGGAGAUGCACAUGCGCUCGCACUAGGCUUCAGGUCCCGGGUGAGCUUAGCGCUCCAACCACCCACUGAGUGGAGCACUGUUCACGCAGUGCGCAUGCGCUCGUGCUGGGCUUUGGGCCUUCCGACCCGCGCCAGGAGCCUCCAACCCUCCUGCCGAACGUGCUCAGGGGAUGCGCAUGCGCGAGCGCGGCCAAGCGUUGAGGUCGCAGUGGCGGUUAGAGUCCGUUAUCAAAAUCAGAGGCUGCCAUGAGUUUAGUAGCGUUCAUCCCCCACAAGUCCUUCACCAUCAACUCGAGCUCCGCCACACCCCCACAGACAUGUAAAAAUUGAGAGCUGUUGGGUUAUGGAGGCUGCUAAGCAGAUUUCAGAAGAAAGCCUGGGAACACCUACCAAAGAACAGCAUAUGCAGGUAGCCUCCUUUCACCUGCUGCCUUCCUCCACCACUCCCCUACCCUAUCCUUCAUCUCUCCUUCCUCAAGAGCAGCUGGAUUAGAAGUCUGUGGGACCAACAGAGUGAAAAGACAACACACAAGCUUCCCAGUGACUCAGUCAACAAUUAUGGACUAUAUGUGACUAUGUGCUGGGAUUUAAUAUUAGUUGAGAACACUGAAGAUUUCUGUCCUCAGGCAGCAGACAUCCUUGUGGGGGAGACAUGAAUGGCAUCCUCAGCACAUGGGGCAUUGUCAUUACCUUAUGACUCAGAUGGUAUAAGACUUCACAGAAAUCAUGAUAAUUUUCCUUAAUACUCAAGAAGGCUGAUGGAAAAAAUGUUACUCAGAUCGGGACCCAGUGAGGGUCUCCUCUGCUCUGGCGGUAGAAUCAGGUUCCACCGCAGCCUCGCGGCUCCUGGACGCCAGACCCGGGCCCACUUCCACCCAUCCUUUCCAAGGCGCGGGAGACGGAAACGCCCAGGACCCGGCGCCUCUUGGGAAGUGGAGUCUGGAGUGGGUCAGACUCGUCGCGCAGCCUCCCCCGCGGGACCAUGGGAGUCCUGCUGCGCCUGCGUGCAGCUGCACACGCCUCCGCACACACAUACACCUACCCCAAGCGGCUGGCUUCUGUGGCCCGGCGAAGCCUCUGAGAUCGCUGUGGCUGAGCCUUCAUAGCUCUCUACCCUGUGCCAAGAGCCACAGAACAUGAACACAGCUCAGGUGUCAGUGUCAUUGGAGGACGUGACUGUGGAGCUCAGCCAGGAGGAGUGGCAGCACAUGGGCCCUGCCCAGAGGACCCUGUACAGAGAUGUGAUGCUGGAGAUCUACAGCCACCUCGUCUGUGUAGGAUACUGCUUUACAAAACCAGAAUUCAUUUUAACAUUGGAACAAGGAGAUGAUCCAUGGUCAUUUGGUAAAGGGAGAGAAUGUCUAAGCAGGAAUUCCCCAGAAGACUGCCAACCUGAUAAACUCUUAGAGAAAAGCCCAGAACACCGGGACAAACAUUUGUGGCCACCUUCAUUCACCAGCAAAUCAUUGACUACAGACCAAGAAACUUCCAGAAAAUCACAUUAUUCCAACAUAGAUAUUUUCCCUGCAAGACUGACACUUUGUCAGUGUGACCCUGCAGGGCCCAAGAGCUGGGGUCUCAACUCAUUUGCCUCACACUUUCAGGAUUCAAGAGAAAAGGCUGGUGAUCUUAACUGCUCUGAGAAUGGGCUACUCAACAUUAAGGGUUGCAGAAAAAAUACUGGAGAGAAAGACCUCAGUCAUAAAGUAGAACCUAUUCACCAUCAGACAGUUCGGAAUUUGAGACAAGCUUUUAAAUAUAAUGGAAGUAGAAAAGCUUUCCUUGAAAAGGCUACUCUUAUUUCAUCUCAGAGUGCCUACCAAAAAGAGAAAUCUUACACAUGUAAUACAUCUGGAGAAAAGUUGUAUGACAGAUCAACCGUUGUCUCUCAGAGCAUUCAUUCAGAUGAGAGUCAUUGUGAGUUUAAUGGAAAUGGGAAUGGUUUCAGUAGGGCUGCUAAGAAAACUGAUCCAGCAGGAAAAUCUUUCACCCAAAAGUCAGACAUGAGAGAACAGCCAAAAAUUCACAUCAAGAUAAAGCACUCUGAGCACCAAAACAUCUUCAGCCAAAAUUCAGCCUUCCUAAUGCGUCAGAGAACUCACUCAACGGAUAACACAGGUACAGAGAGUUGCAGAUGCCCAUUGACUUUCAAUGUACAUCACAAAAUUCAUCAUAUAAAGAUGAAACCUUCUGAGUGUAAUGAAUGUGGAAAAUUCUGCUUUACGAAUUCACAUCUGAGUCAACCUCAGAAAAGCCUCACUGUGGAGAAACCUUAUACAUGUCAUGAAUGUGGGAAAGCUUUCAGUGAGAAGUCACGCCUAAAAAAACAUCACAGGACUCACACUGGAGAGAAACCAUAUAAAUGUGAUGGAUGUGAGAAAGCUUUCAGUGCAAAGUCAGGCCUAAGGAUACAUCAGAGAACUCACACUGGGGAGAAACCUUUUGAGUGUAAUGAAUGUGGGAAAUCUUUCAACUAUAAGUCAAUCCUCAUAGUACAUCAGAGAACACACACAGGGGAGAAACCUUUUGAAUGUAGUGAAUGUGGGAAAUCUUUUAGCCAUAUGUCAGGCCUAAGGAAUCAUCGGAGAACUCACACAGGGGAAAGACCAUAUAAGUGUGAUGAUUGUGGGAAAGCUUUCAAACUGAAAUCAGGCCUAAGAAAACACCAUAGAACACAUACAGGAGAGAAGCCCUACAAAUGUAAUCAGUGUGGAAAAGCUUUUGGUCAGAAAUCACAGCUUAGAGGACACCACAGAAUUCACACAGGGGAGAAACCUUAUAAAUGUAGUCAUUGUGGAGAAGCUUUUAGUCAGAAAUCAAACCUCAGAGUACAUCACAGAACUCAUACUGGUGAAAAACCUUACAAAUGUGAUGUGUGUAGCAAAACUUUUAGGCAGAAAUCAAAUCUUAGAGGACAUCAGAGAACUCACACAGGGGAAAAGCCCUAUGAAUGUCAUGAGUGUGGAAAAGCUUUCAGUGAGAAGUCAGUUCUCAGAAAGCAUCAGCGAACUCACACAGGGGAGAGGCCUUAUAAUUGUAACCAGUGUGGGGAAGCUUUCAGUCAGAAAUCCAAUCUCAGAGUACAUCAGAGAACUCACACAGGGGAGAAACCUUAUAAGUGUGAUAAAUGCAAAAAGACUUUCAGCCAAAAAUCAAGCCUAAGAGAACAUCAGAAGGCCCACAUGGGAAGAACUUACUCUGUGAUAAAACCCUAUAAAUGUAAUGAAUGUGGGAAGUGCUUCUGUCAGAAAGGUCAUCUUAUUCAACAUCAGAGAACUCACACAGGAGAGAAGCCAUUUCCCUGUAAUGACUGUGGAAAGACUUUCUCCCAGAAGUCACACCUCUCUACUCAUCAAAGAAUACACACAGCAGAGAAGCCAUACAAGUGUAAUGAAUGUGGGAAAACAUUUGUCCAGAAGUCUACCCUUAGGGGACAUCAGAGAAUCCACACAGGAGAGAAACCCUUUAAAUGUAGUAAGUGUGGGAAAACUUUCGUUCAGAAAUCAACUCUCACAGAUCAUCAUAGAAUUCACACAGGAGAGAAAUCUUUUCAGUGUAGCGAAUGUGGAAAAACAUUUGGCCAGAAGUCAAACCUCAGAAUACAUCAAAGAACUCAUACUGGUCAGAAAACUUAUCAGUGUAAUGAAUGUCAGAAAUCCUUCUGGAGAAAAGAUCAUCUUAGGCAACAUCAGAAAAUUCACACAGGAGAGAAACCAUUUAAAUGUGAUGAGUGUGGGAGAACUUUUGCCCGGACAUCAACUCUCAGAGUGCAUCAGAGAACUCACACUGGGGAGAAACCAUUUAAAUGUAAUGAAUGUGGGAAAAAUUUUGUUCGGAAGGCAAUCCUUAGAGAUCACCACAGAAUUCAUACAGGGGAAAAACCUUAUCAGUGUUGUCAGUGUGGGAAAACUUUUGGCCAGAAAUCAAACCUCAAAAUACAUCAAAGAAAUCAUAGUGGAGAGAAAUCUUUGAGUGAAAUGAAUAUGGAAAGUUACACCACACAAUUGAGGGAGGGAGAAACCUUAUUCAUAUAAUAACUAUGGGAAAUCUGAUAAAAAGACCACCACAUAAGUAGACCCAGAGGGCUACCCUUGAAUUGAAAGAGAAUUCACACAAGAGAGAGACUGUGUGUGAAUGUAGAGAGAAUUUUGUCCAAAAGGCAAAUGUGAUACAGAAUUCACAGUUUUUUGUUUCAAAGGAGUAUGGGAAGUCCUGAAUGAACUCAUACUGAAUUUAGUUAUCUGUUAAUCUAGUUAUCACUAACCAUUUCAUUUUUUCCUCUAGGCACAUAGUCUGAAUUUCUCAAUCUCCCUUUCACCUAAGUGGGGCUACGUGUCUGGCUUCUGGCAUAUGGAUGCCUAUGUUGUAUGUACAACCAUAUCUGACAAAUAAAAUAUUCCUCUGAGAAACCACCAGCACCCUUUCAGAAUAAAAUGAAUAUGCUUUCUAGGUCAGCAAUGAGUACUGUGCUUUAAUGUGGCUUAGUAAAAGAAGAAUCCAGGGUGUCUGAGUAACUACAUGGAGCAAAAUCCCUUUCCACACUUUUUCCAGUUGAAUUUUUUGUGGGGUGAAAUUAAACCUUUGUUCUGUUA